UUAUCGUCGGAAGCUUACGUGUGGGGAUUCGAGCUGUUUUCGAAAAAGCCAUAUUAGCUGUGUAAUAUUGUUUUCUGUGUGUUUUCACAAUGCGGUCAGGCCAUCUCCGUUCGAAAAACAAAGUCAAGUUAGCCGCCCUUCUUUGGAUCGUUGUUUGCAUUAUGUGCAUGACGGGACCGCGUCCACGACCGGGCGACUUGACAUGCAAAAAGAAGCCGAGUGGACUAGACGUUCCCAUUAGGAAAGUGUUCCUGUCCAGCGAUCACCGUUCCAGUUCCUUUAAUCCCCACUAAACAGUGCGUUUGCUGGAAGCCUGUUCCUGAUUGGCCUACGGGCAACCAUGUCCCACAACCAAAGCGACCCGUUUUCGACCCAAAGAAAGCAGACGGAGAGAGACCCCCGUGGCUCGUUCUCUGGCGAAAGACUUGGCCCUGGCUCUUCUGCAGGUCUUUCGCACGGUCCUGACAGGGAUGCGAUUUCCAUGCUGGUGCACAGUUGCCGGCAAAGAGUCAACACCAGUCAAGACAUUUAUGCUCCAAAGCAAAACGAUCGAGGGCAAGACUUAGAAAGAUAUUCCCAAAACAUCAACAGACACUCUGACGUAGGCCAUGGUUCUGCCAUUCACUUGUCCGACUACAGCCGAACCUCCACUGCCACCUCUUCUAACUAUUAUCAACCAUCAAUAUCAGCAGAACGUUCUACGCUUACUGUGCCUAGUGAGAAGAAUCGCAACCUCGGCUCCAUUCCAUGCCGACUUGACGGCGAGCCUGACAUGAACCGAUCAUCUGAGCACCCACAACCCAAUUAUACGGCUGAGACAGCCGCUGACAUCCUUCUGAAAUUUGGACUUCAACACGAAGACUUAGAACAUCUUUUCUCCUACCCUGAAGACCAGCUCACCCCUGAGAACUUGCCCUUCAUCUUGCAGCAAAUUCGCAUUAAGAAGGGCAAAAAGGCCUCUGAGGCCAGUUGCUCCAAACCCGUGCAUGAACCAGCCCCCGACCGAGACCAUGCUGGUGGGGACAAGUGGAGACAUCCUGGACUGGCACAAAAGGACACACCAUCUCCUCUUCACCAGUCAAGUAACACCAUCGACUAUAGAAAUAUGGACAAAUACGCUAGCAGGAUGGAGGAGAAUGUUCAGGGCGGAGCAAAAAGAGCUGAGGAUGACAGUUUACUGACAAUUGACGAUUUGGGCAGGAGUUGCAGUCAAGACCUGGCGCAGCAGCUGGGAAAAAGCAAAAAUUCUGACUUGGAUCAACAGACGAGCUCUUUCUUCAGCUCUAUCCCGAGAUCUGCCCCACCCAAAAGUUCCGAUUCAGUCAAACCAGCCCAGUCAACCAAAUCUCAUGCCCUGAAAUCCAGUGAUUUCAAACAAGCGCAGCCUGUUUUUAAACUCAUAUUAAAGCCAAAAGCUCCGCGACCAAUUCUACGUCCCGUUUCUCCCAGCAAACCUGAUCUCAUGGUGCUUGGUGGAGAUGAUACCAGCAGCAGCUGUGACCCGUUUAAGAAUGUAGCUCCUGCUAGUGACAACAAGUCCAAAAAGCAGCAGAUGCCUUCACAAUGUCAGAAUAUCAAGAAAAAGCUGUCACAAAAGGAGGCGUACACACAGAAACCACCAAAGGUCAAGAAGACGCAGCAGCCGCCGAGCAAACCGCAGCAGCCGAGCCAGAAGCACCCCCCGGUUCCUAACCCGGCCAUCAAGCGGCACUUGCUCCCGAACCCGACGUUUUUGAAGAUGGAAAAGCAGCAAGUUCACCACAUCCCUAGCUUCAUGAGCUCGCAGCCAUAUCCGUUUUACACCCCGGGUCCAAGUUCCGGCGUUGCUCAGGACCUAAAACCGGUGCAGGAGAGAGUCUUCCAGGAUGUGCCCACGGCAGAACUGAUGGUGGACUACACUGCAACCACGCCGAAGGUCUUUCCACACUUGUGUUCUCUUUGUAACAAAGAGUGUGCCAAUUUGAAGGACUGGCUUACUCACCAGAACACCAACUUUCACCUUGAGAACUGCAAAGUCCUCCGACGUCAAUAUCCACGAUGGGAUGGGAAGAUGGUGGAUUCUUCCCAGGAUGAACCAAACAAUGACACGCCCCCAUCAGAGGUCCAAAAUAAGAAAUCUCAUCAUGGAUCUCACUCAUCUUCCGGCUCUGUCACGUCACGACGCCGUCGCAGCCGCAGCUCAGAAGCUCGAAAAGAGAAGAGGCCAAGGAGAAGGACCCGAUCUCGCUCUCCUAAGAGCUCCAGAUACCAACGCAGCUCUCGUUCUCCCACUUCGAGAUCCACGUCUCGUUCGUACUCCUCGAAUGCAUCCAAGUAUCGUCGUUCGCGCUCGAGAAGCUAUGAGAGGCGCCCCUCGCGGCGAAGCCCGGCGAGACACUCGUCUUCAAGAAGUAGCCAUGAAAAGCGGUCCUCCACGCAGAAAAGGUCCUCGUCACCAAGCCGGCAUGAAAACCGGUCCUCCACACAGAGGAGGUCCUCGUCACCAAACUGGGACGAAAACCGGUCCUUCACGCAGAGGAGGUCCUCGUCACCGAGCUGGGACGAAAACUGGUCCUUCACACAGAGGACGACUUCGUCACCGAGCUGGGACGAAAACUGGUCCUUCACACAGAGGACGACCUCGUCACCGUGCUGGGACGAAAACUGGUCCUUCACACAGAGGAGGUCCUUGUCACCGGCCUCCCACGAAAACUGGUCCUUCACACAGAGGAGGUCCUCGUCACCAAACAGUCACGAAAACUGGUCCUUCACACAGAAGAGGUCCUCGUCACCGAGCUGCCAUGAAAAUCGCCGGUCACCCAAGAGAAGCCGCGAGAGAUGUUCACCUGCGAAAUGGAGCCAUGACACAGUCGCUACGCCGCAGACUUGCCAAGAGUUGUCGACCGAAGAAGAUAGACUUGUAAAAAAACUUAUGAAAACAUCAGUUGUCCAGUCUUUGUCAAAGCAGACUGACUUGGAGGCUAUGGUCAAAACUCUGGCCCCCGCCUUGCUGGCAGAACUUGCCAAGAUGGAUUCAACUUCUUCCGAAGCAGGACCUGCUGAAACAUCCACAGCCGCCGCCUCCUCCUCUGCAGCCAACGCAGAGCCAGUGGUUGGCAAAACGUCUUACCAGCUGGCCCCCGCCUUGCUGGCAGAACUUCCCAAGAUGGAUUCAACUUCUUCCGAAGCAAAACCUGCUGAAACAUCCACAGCCGCUGCCUCCUUUUCUGCAGCCAACGCAGAGCCAGUGGUUAACAAAACGUCUUACCAGCAGAAAUUGGCCUCAGCAAAUACCAAGUCAGUCAAAAAAUCCUUCCCAACCAUUGUGACACUAAAAGAUGUCCCCAGUUCUAUCACUUAUGAAGACAUAGUGACUGCUGUUGAGGUGUACGGAAUAAUCGAAUCUGUCGUCCUGUUUCCCCAAAAAUCACAGGCAAUUGUGUGUUUUGAGAGCUUGGAAGACGCAGACAAAAUGCGGAAGGAACACAACAUCAAAAUUAGAGGUUUCCACGUCUCUGUUCAGGAACAAAAAGAGGGUCUCCACAGUUUGCAAAAGCACAAUCCUCAGAAUUUUCUUAGGAAUCCCCCUUCACUGGCCAAAGUCCCCAGGACACAAACAUCCAAAAUUACCUCUGUUGCACCUUCUGCUCAGACGAAAGCGAAGACGAAGCCAAAAACCAGGACUCUCAAACAGAUUCCUAAGAGGGCAAAGUUAAACCCCACCUGCGAGGAUACUUUUGCAGAUCUGGAGGAUUCAAGGGCACGGUGGGUGAAGGAUGCGGUACACCUACAAAGGUCCAAAGUACCUCUGAAGGCUGUUGUGGCGCCCUUACUCUACACUGAUGAGGCUGCGACAAUGGAUCCGGUGGAGAACCCUGACGUUGAUUUAGUGUUGAAGGAGGAUGCAAGGGCAGGGUUUGCGAAGGAUGCGGUGCCUCCACAAAGCUCCGACGUACCUCUGAAGGGUGUUGUGGCGCCCAUAAUCAACUCUGAUGAGGCUGCGACAGUGGAUUUGGUGAAAACCCAUAACGCUGAUGUAGCGUUGAAGGAGGAUGCAACAAGAUACCAGAUAAAUGCUCGUCCAUAUCUGCACAAUUCUGAUGUGACGCUUACCAUUGGGGAGAGGAUGUGUGAAUUUCUGCGUCCGACCCAAAUUGAGGUACUCGGGACCACAUUCAAAAUCCUACAUACAAAAAAAUUUUUGCAAAAUCAUAGGCAGCUGGUCAUCUACAACCUGCCCGUUGAUCAGCACAGCUAUUGCGUGCAAGACAUUGUCCAGUUAUUCGAGUCGUUUGGGUUUCAGUCCUCGGCUCACAAGAUCUAUGUUCUUCCUCAAUCAAGGAUGGCAUUUGUUGAGCUGGAUGAAAUUGAGGGAGCGAUUGCUUUUAUGCAGGCUUGUAAAACCAAUACACCAACUCUCAAAGACCAGAAGUUGGAAAUUCGUGUCCUGAAAAGCAACAUCCCCAUGUGGCCGAGACGCUUCUAUCAAUGGAUGAUGAACUGGGCGAAUAUUCCUGUGGAGGAGAACUGCCCCAGAACCAUCUUCAUCAAAAGCAUCACACCGAGUGAGAUCGCCAGUCUCCGUGAAGCUUUGCGGAAGAUUGGCGGUGUCAAAAAUUUUCUGCCACUCCACAACAAGGUCUUCGUAGAACUUGAGUCGGACUAUGGCGCUGAUCUCGUGGGAGUUUGGUACAGCCUUCAAAAUCCAUGUCCUGCUUAUCAUAUAUACAGGCUUAACAUGCCUCAAGCCGAUUCAUUCACACGACAAACGUUUCCAAAGGAAGCCAUGCCUGAUUUGACAUUUGCUGGGGCAACUGUUGAGACCUGUACAUUUGGCAUUCCUGAACUCACUUUGGCCCCAUUUUACCUGACAAUGGGGAAAGCACCCUUUCUGUUCUUAACCGUUUCCCCAUGGUUCAUAAUUCCCGAGUUCCUGACGGUCAAAAAAGAAGACGACAUCCAAGAGGCCAGGCGCCUUGGUGCAUCGCCAACAAUCAUGCUGACCAAUUUGCCUGAAGAGUCAUUCAAACACGAAGAUGUAGCCAAGCUUGCUUGGCCAUAUUUUUCUCAAAAGGACCUUCGGUCUCUGUACUACAAUGUCAUAGUACUGCCGCUCCAGAGGAGGGCCUUUGUGCAUUUUAGUGAUUGGGAUGCAUGCUGCAGCUUCGUCCGAUGCCACUUGGGUGUUUGUAAAUUUAGGGUGAACAGACACUGUCUUGCGCUGCACUUUGUCCUGCAGCCCAUGUGUGCCCCAAACAAUGAGGAGAACAUGUACAAGUCGCUGAUGCAGCUAAGCAACUCUCGCAUUGGGGAGGUGGAGAGCCUGGCUGAUCGCCUACUUAGUGUCAAGAUAGAUUUUUACAAAAAAAGACAAAUUACACAACAUCUAUGUUUGAUCACCAGUCAUGGCGAGGUCGUCAACUUCCUCCCAUUGGCCAACCGGAUAUGCAUCGAGAUGGCCGACACAGUGGGAGUUUCUCGCGUGCUGGAGGAAUUCAAACGUUUUCAGAGUAACGCCAAAGCAAGGGAUGCAGGUACCUGGGAGGCACCUCAAAUAUUCGAGAGCAUUGAAAGCCUGAACAGGCGCCUUCAGGAUCCAACUGUAUUAACAUUGGAUCUCAGUGAGGACCGUGAGUACAGGAGCAUUAAGGCUAGCCCAUUUGCUCUCCCAACCGCUGUGGGCCAACCAACAGAAGAGGACUGGCAGAAAACAGAAAGUUGUCCAUCUCUGCAUAAUUCUGAUGUGGAGCUCACCAUUGGGGAGAGGAUGUGCCAAUUUCUGUUUCCACACAAUUUUGAUGUAGUGAGAGACACUGACGUCCAAGAAAAAAUAUUUGCGGGAAAGUGUAGGCAGCUGUUAAUCUCCAACUUGCCCGUUGAUCAGCACAGCUACUGCGUGCAAGACGUUAUCAAAUUAGUCAAGCCGUUUGGCUUUGACGUCGUACAUGAUAAUAUCUACGUUCUUCCUCAGUUAAGGAUGGCAUUUGUUAGGCUGAGGGCAGUGACGGGAGUGGCUCGUGCCAUGAAGACCUGGAAAACCAGAAAGCCAUUUCUCAAAUCCCAGAAGUUGGAAGUUCAGGUCCCAUCUGCAGAUGUCCCCAUGUGGCCGAUGAGCUUCUAUCAUUGGGUGAUGAGGCAGAUGAAUUUUCCUGUGGAGGACAGAUGCUCCAGAACCAUCCUUAUCAAAGACAUCACACUAAGUGAGAUGGCGAGUCUUCGUGAAGUUUUGCGGACGAUUGGCGGUGUCAUCAAUUUUCUUCCGCUCCAUGACAGGGUCUUUGUAGAAUUUAAGUCUGAAAUGUCUGCUGAUCACUUCGGAGUUUGGUACAUGCUUCACGAUCAAUGUCCUGCCUAUAGCAUACACAGGCUGGUGACUCCUCAAAGUGUUUCAGUCCCACCAAAAGUGUUUCCGAAUGAAGCCAUGCCUGAUUUGGCGUUCGCUGGGGCAACUGUUGAGACCUGUACAUUUGGCAUUCCUGAACUCACUUUGUCCCCAUUUUACCUGACAAUGGGGAAAAAACCCUUUCUGUUCUUAACCGUUUCCCCAUGGUUCAUAAUUCCCGAGUUCCUGACCGUCAAAGAAGAAGGCGACAUCAAAGCGGCCAGGCAGCUUGGUGCGACGCCAACAAUCAUGUUGACCAAUUUGCCUGAAGAGUCAUUCAAACACGAAGAUAUAGCCUCGCUUGCGUGGCCAUAUAUUUCUCAAAAGAACCUUCGGUCUUUGUACUACAAUGUGAUUGUGCUGCCGCUCCAGAGGAGGGCCUUUGUACAUUUUAGCGAUUGGGAUGCGUGCUGCAGCUUCGUCCGAUUUCACUUGCGUGUUCGUACGUGUAAGGUGAACGGCCACAGGCUCGCGCUGCACUUUCUCCUGCGACCCAUGCCUGUUCAAAACACCGAGGAGAACAUGUACAGGUCGCUGAUGCAGCUAAGCAACUCUCGAACUGGGCAGGUGGAGUCCCUGGCUGAGCGCCUACUAUCUGUAGAGAUCCCUUUGUACCGAAAAAACAACAUCACACAACUUCUACAUGUGAUAGCCGGCCAUGGCGACAUCGUCAACUUCCUCCCAUUGGCCAACCGGAUAUGCAUCGAGAUGGCAGACUCCCAGGGAGUUGAGCGUGUGCUGCAGAGUUUCAAAAAUUUUCAGAGACACCCCCAAGCAAGGAAUGCAGGUUCCUGUAAGGCAAUUCGAAUGUCGAAGAGGAAAGGGGAGGUAGCUUCCCGUAACGCCACUAAAAUGUUCAAGAGGAAAUUAGGUUCCUGGAAGUUGAUAUUUAACAGCAUCGAUAGCCUGAACUUGCACCUUCAGGAUCCAACUGUGUUUACAUUGGAUCGCAAUGAGUAUAUGAGCAUGAAGGCCAGCUCAACCGCGACUCCAUCAAAUGACUCUGAACAACCCGCAAAGGAGCACGUGUCAGAGUCACAGGGGGAAGUGAUGGUGACUCAAAAGGACUGUGAGAAAACAGAAGGUUUUCCAGCUCUCCGUGAUUCUGACGUGGUGCCCAACAUAUGGGAAAGGAUGUGGAAAUCUCUGCCUCCACACAUGAUGGCGGAGCUCAGACGCCCCGACCUCUAUAAUAAAAUAUUUGAGGGAAAGCAGACGCAGUUGUUGAUCUCCAAGCUGCCCUUUGAUGAGCGCAGCUACUGCGUGCAAGACAUUAUCCAGUUAGUCAAGUCGUUUGGCGUCGAUUCCUCAGUUGAAAUGAUCUAUGUUCUUCCUCAAUCAAGGAUGGCACUUGUUCAGGUGACGAGACAGGAGAAGGCGUUUGCUGCCUUUAAUUCCCGGGAAGCUGAAAUGCUGACUCUCAAAGAACAGGGGUUGGACGUGCGUGUCCUGAGAGAUAAAGUCCCCAUGUGGCCGGCAGGCUUCUAUAAAUGGCUGAUGAUAUGGAGCCCUUAUUGUGUGGGGAAGAAACGCUCCAGAACCAUCUUCAUCCAAGGCGUCACACCGAGCGAGACGGCCAGUCUCCGUAAAGCCUUGCAAAAGAUUGGCAGUGUCAAAAUGUUUUUGCCGCUCCACGACAAGGUCUUUGUUGAAUUUGAGUCUGACAUUUCUGCUGAUCGCCUAGGAGUUUGGUACAAUCUUCACCAUCAAUGUCCUGCCUAUAGCAUAUACAGGCUGGACAUCCCUGAAGGUGUUCCAGUCGCAUCACAAAUGUGUUCGAAUGAAGCCAUGCCUGAUUUGGCAUUUGCCGGGGCAACCUUUGAGACAUGUCCAUUUGGCAUCCCUGAAUUGACCAAGUGCCCAUUUUACAUGACAAUGAAGGCAAAGCCCUUUCUCUUCUCCACGGCUAACCCGUGGUUUAUAAUCCCCGAGUUCCUAACUGUCGAAAACCAAGGCGGCAUCAACGAGGCCAGGCAGCUGGGUGCGUCGCCAACAAUCAUGUUGACAAAUUUACCUGAAGAUUGCCUCAGACACAAAGAUGUAGCCAAACUUGCGUGGCCAUAUUUUUCGCAAAAGGACCUUCGGUCUCUUUACUACAAUGUGAUUGUGCUGCCGCUCCAGAAGAGGGCCUUUUUGCAUUUUAGUGAUUGGGAUGCGUGCUGCCGCUUCGUCCAAUACCACUUGGAUGUUGGUCCAUUUAGGUUGAACGGACGCCAGCUUGGGCUGCACUUUGUCCUGCAACCCAUGCCUGCUCAAAACACCGAGGAGAACAUGUACAGGUCCCUGAUGAAGCUAAGCAACUCUCGCAUUGGUGAGGUGGAGUCCCUGGCCCAGCGUCUACUUUGUGUAAAGAUUGGCUUCUCCAAAAAAGACAUCAUUAAACUUCUUCUACAUUUGAUCUCCGGACAUGCUGAGGUUGUCAACUUCCUCCCAUUGGCCAACCGGAUAUGCGUUGAGAUGGCAGACUCGUCGGGAGUUGCGCACGUGAUAGAGGAAUCAAAACAUUUUUCAGUCAGUCCAAGAUUCCGCAACGCAUGGAAAGCGAUUAAAAAGUUUGAGAGCAUUGAAAGCCUGAACCGGCGCCUUCAGGAUUCAACUGAAAUUACCUUAGAUCUUUUCGAGGACAGAAGCAAUGAGGUCAACCCACCAGCUCCAGGCGAACCGUCAGUGGAACCUAUGCCUACAGCCACUCCCUCUCUGUACUCUGAACAACCCAUAGCGGGGCUCAUGUCAGAGUCGCAGGGUGUAGAAAUGGCGACUGAAGAGGACUGUCAGAAAACAGAAUGUUCCAUUCCUGAGGUUCAGGACGAUAAAGAGAACGUUUCGGAAGAGGUGGAAGAUGGGCCACUGUCAGCUUCACCCUAUGUUGACAAUGAGACCCUACUGCCUACAGUUGGCAGUAACAAUGAGGCAGCUGUACAGAAAGAAGAGGCUCUCCCUGUUGAAGACCCGUUGGUCCUCGGUAAAGAUGAAACCCUUGUGGAACGUGAGGACCCAUUGGUGGAAAACAACAAUGUCGCUCUUUGUGACCAGCAACCCCUGGACAUUGAUGACUUUGUCAAAAUCAGUGACGAUGGUGACCAGGAGGACAGCAGUGAAGCCCCCUCUCAUUCCAAGAGACCUUGUUCCCCUCCCGAUUCUAAACAGAACAAAACAAGAGCCUCAAAAGAGUCUAAGAACUCUAAAUCAUCAUCUACAGCUUCUUCAAGGACCACCAGAAGCUCAUCAAGAAGGAUCCUCUCUUCAGGGACUGUGUCUUCACCUGUUAGACACUCCACCAGAGCCCAAAGUAAAGCCAAAAAAUCAAAUGAUUCAUCCCAGGGAUGCCUAACACAUCAGACUCGCAUGACUUGCGAAGAAGAGAAUUUGCUGAUGGUACUGGGUGAUGAACAGAAACCUCUUUCAGAUGAGAAACGUGAUCUAUCAGAAGAUGGCCCUUCUGAGCUUCAAGAAGUUUCUAAGCAGGGAAACAAAAGUCAAGUUGAAAAUGCUGAAAAAGAGCAGACUGCACCAGUUGACGUACCAAACCUUGAAGAGCAGAACGAGAGCCAAAGAGGAAAGGAGAUGAUUGACAUGAAGGAAGAUGUAGACAAAGAGCACAUGGCAGAGUCCCGCUCAGCAAUCAAGGACGUGGUUGAGGAUCAACCCUCAGUCAACCUUGACAGUUAUGUCAGAGAGGUCAAGGAACACACCGCAUUCUCGGAACAUAAAGACAAAGAGGAAGAAUUAGAUGCAUACCAGGAGAUUGAUUCUGUGGAGGAUCAGCGAGCUUCCACAGACAAUCAUCAGAGUGUUUCAGAACCAUCCAUGAUUCAAGAGUGUAAAGGGUCUCUAAAGAAGCAGGAGCACAUCACUGCCAAAACUCCUGAGCCUGAGAAGUACCUCGUCGUGGUCGAUUCUAGUAAUACUCCUGUGCUUGGUAGGAGGCAGAGCAUCCAGAUAGGAAAGGAGAUGACUGACAUGAAAGAAGAUGUAGACAAAGAGCAGAUGGCAGAGUCCCGCUCAGCAAUGAAGGACGUGGUUGAGGAUCAACCCUCAGUCGACCUUGACAGUCAUGUCAGAGAUGUCAAGGAAUACACCGCGUUCUCUGAACAUAAAGACAAAGCGGAAGAAGCAGAUGCAUACCAGGAGAUUGAUUCUGAGGAGAAUCAGCAAGCUUCCACAGACAAUGAGCAGGGUCUCUCAGAACCAUCUAAGAUUCAAGAGUCUAAAGAGUAUCCAGAUAAGCAGGAGCAUAUCACUGCCAAAACUCCUGAGCCUGAGAAGUACCUCAUGGUUGAUUCUGUACAAGCUAACAGUUCUAGUAACACUCCUGUGUCUGGUAGGAGGCGGAGCACCCGUGGAAAGACACAAGAGCAAACUGCCAAAACAUAUGUCCCAGACUCUCUGGAAGAGGAUGCAUGCAUCACCACGAGGGCUACCAGAAAAAGAGGAAGACCGCCUAAGAAAGGCAUAGCUAGUGAAGAAGAAGAUACUGUUUUAAGGACGACAUCUGCUUCGAGCACAUCACCUGAAACUGCAAAGAAAAAAGCACCAAUCAAUGUUGUCGUCAUAGAGGAACCCACCAAUGAGAUCCAGGACCACAUUAAGGAUCCAGCUCCAAAAAGAAAAGGAAGAAAGGGAAGACCUAUGAAGGGUGUGAAAACGAUGAAAAUAGAACAAAAGGACACAGCUGAUGAUGAUGAAGAAGCAGCAACAUUUGAGGUGAUGGACUCUUUGGAGGACAUGACAGCUACUAGGAAGACGCAGAGUAGUCCAAAAAAGGAAAAUGUUACCGACAGGAUGCCUCCCGUAAAGCUAGAGGUUGAGAAGGAAGCGAAAUACCAAGUGGUUGAUUCUUUGGGGGAGGAUCGGACUCGAGAAGAGAUGAGUGCCACAGAAGUUUGUGGGUCAGGAAAGACUGGGGAACCACAAACUGAUUUGGAAGUAAAAGCAACAAGCUGUGAAAACAAGCUAGAGGUUGACAUCAAAGAGCCUUCCCAAAUGGAGACCGAGACACAACAACACGCCAAGAAAGACGACACAUCGCAGGUGACGAGCACAUUGACACCGGACCAGGUGGGACACGUUGAAGAGCAAAGCCGAACAGAUCAUGAGAGGAUCUUGACCAGCGAGGACCUGAAAAAGACCGAAGAAGCGUCCCCACAGGGCAUUCCUCUGGAGGACGAGGAAGCCUUAUCUGAUGGACAGCACUCGCAAGCUUCACUGCAAAAACUGGACAAACAGACAGGAGAGCUGGUGAGACCACCACGUUCAGAGUCUCCGUUUCGCCCCACUGAUUUUGUACUGCCGUCCUUUGAUCCCGACAACCCCCUUGGUACCGAGUUUGUCAAACCCAAAUCAGGUUUUUUGUGCGAAGUCUGUUCCGUCUUUUACCUGCAAGAGAGUACGGCCAAAGAGCUGCACUGCAGAAGCAGGACGCACUACAACAACUUGAAGAAACACUACAGCAAGUGUGAAAAGGAUUCAAGCGCAUCCACUGAAGGCACCGCCGUCUCUUACUGAGAUGAUUUCCGAUGACUAAAAUGUUUCCAUUUCAAGUUUUCUUUUGUGCAAAAAAUUGAAGACUUACAACAUGUCUGAUAUGUUUUAUACUAUAUGCAAAACAAAAAAAAUGAUAGGUGAAAUUGUUUUCUGUGUAUAUACCAGGGUCUCAUUAAACUUGGGAUUCAGAUGGAUAGUGGUUUAUUCAAUGGUUGCAGUAAACAAUUUUCUUAAAAAAAAAAAAAA